AAUAAGAUGUCAAAGAAAAAACCAAGACAAGAAUUGAGAAAGAAAUCAGGAGGAUGUACAACCAAAUUGCAAACUCGUGAUAAGCGGCUUACUUCUGAAGUGCCAGAUUUAUCAAGAAUUUUGAAAGUUCCUGGAAGUGAACUAGGAGAAGAAUGCGAUGAGACGUUUGAUCUACCCUUGCAUAGUACUGCUGUGUCAGUUUAUGAAGAUGAAGAAGUAGAAAAAGACCACUGUUCAGAACGUGAUGAGUCCAUCAGUAAUUUAUCCGACAACAGUGAACGUGAUGCUCCUGUGACCCUCAGUAGGGUAGAAAAAGGAGGUCAUGCACAGAAAAGCAAAAAUCAGCGUGCCAUAAAAUCAAGGCGCUUGAUAAGAGAAGAUUCUGAAUCAGAACUUGUGGAAGAGAAUAUGAUGCCUAGGAUGACUGUUAGAUCCCCUGUGCAGCAACAGGGGAAAUCUUCACCAGAGAUGGAGGCAGAAAACGUUGAUCCAGAUGAUGAUAUCACAGUAAAGAUUUGGCACCCCAACAGGCUUUCCAGGCGUGUCACAGAAUCAGAUGUUAUUCUAGAUGAGUUUGAGAAAAUAACAGCCCAGUACAAGCAGGGAGUGGAGAUGAAAAUAUGUAGGAAAGCUGUUGAUAGCUUUUAUAUUGGAUUCAGAGAUCAGCUCAUCAAUACUAGCAUAGGAGCUGAGGAAUUGAGGAAAACCAAGUUGAAAAGUGUAAAGAUGGUUGGAAAGCUAAAUAAGAAAAGGCUUCGUUUGAUAGAAGUUAAAGAAGAACUAAUUAAAACUGAACCACAGCUGAAGAAAUUGCGAAAAGAAUGCGCUGAACUAAAAGAGAAAAUCUCCUCUCUCAGAAAUGCAAGACAGUUACUAAAAAAUUUAAAGGACCUACAAGAUGAAUAUGUCUGCAACCAGAAGAAAAAUCCACAGGAAAAAGUAAUAUAUGGAGUUCACAGCCUUCCUGCCCUCCUGGUGGAAUCGCAGAGGAUCUUAGGAGCUGAAAAUCACUUUCGAAAUAUAAACUCAGAACUACAACAAAUGUUGGAUUCACAUAAUAAGUAGACAAAAACAAA